CCGAGAGGCACUAGCGAGAGAAAUGACAGAGAAACCCCCAAUUCCAGAACCCUCAUCGGAAGCCAUCGAAAUGGACGCCGGCCUUGCUUCCGCCGCCCGAACGCCGGAGAUUUCCCAGUACGAGCAGUCCAGAGAGUUGAGGAUCAGAGAAAACCUGGAGCGGAUGCAAAAACUCGGCAUCCUUGACCUCUCUCUCAAGCUCAAAUCCUCCGCCCCUUCGAAGCAAAAUCGCCGAAAAUCGUUUAAUCCAACAACUUCUCCGCCUCCGUUUGACCUCCCGCCGGCAGGACCCCUCCGGCGAUCAUCCAGGUUACAGAAUGUGACGCCGGUAACUUACUCCGAACUUCGAAUGGAGAGGAAAAACAAGUGUUCGGAGGAUGACGGUGUGAUUCUUGAAGAUGGUUCGAGGCCGGAGGUGUACACGGAAGAGCAUGAGAAGCUGUUGGGUAGCACAGAGAAGAGCUGGACGCUGUUUGUGGAUGGAUAUGGUAAGGAUGGGAAGCGAAUUUAUGAUCCAAUAAAGGGAAAGACGUGCCACCAAUGCAGGCAAAAAACAUUAGGGCAUCGCACUCAUUGCAGCAAAUGUGACAUGGUCCAAGGGCAGUUUUGUGGAGACUGUCUGUAUAUGAGAUACGGAGAGCAUGUUCUUGAAGCCCAACAGAAUCCUGAUUGGAUAUGUCCCGUUUGUCGUGGAAUUUGCAACUGCAGUUUGUGUCGCCAAGCUAAAGGAUGGCUCCCUACUGGAACUCUGUAUAAGAAGAUAGCAAGGAUGGGCUUCAAGUCUGUCGCACAUUUUCUCAUCCAAACCAAACGAUCACAGCCUAGUUCAGGGCAGAAUCCCACCGACCUCGCUUCUGCAAAAAGGUCACUGUCCUUCAUAGAUUUUGACGUUAAUCCCGCAGGAACAAUGGAGCAUCAUGUUGAAAAUAAUGUAGGAGGUGAAUCUGAAAAUGAGAAGCAGAUACUGCAGAGUAUUUCCAAUGUAGACACUAAAGAUCAUAUUUCUGUUAAGAGGUCACUGAGCUUUUCAUGUCUGGAGCAGCAGGACUUACAAGAAACUAAACCUCCAUAUUAUCUGGAUCAUGAAAAUGAUGAACUGUCAAAGCUCCAAUCUGCAAGCUAUGAACUUGGUGAAGUCAUCAAUGAGAAAGAAAAGGAACCGCAUUGCUUGAAGAGAAAGAAUGGUGAUAACUACAGUCCAUCUGAUGAAUGUCCAAUGCCUGAAAAGAAACCGACAAUUGCUCUACGCAAUGACCAAAGUGACAAAGAAUUAUUGGGAGUUCAAGGAAUAGCAUCGCCAACAGAUCAAAGCCUCGAAAAGAAGGGUGAUAUAAGCAGCCAGACAACCUCAGAGACUACAACUGGACAAAAAAGCCCAGAAGGCAAGGUCUUCCAAGAAACUAACGAGGAAAAAACAUCUGAAGAGGGUGCAAACAGUUUGUCGAAGAAAAAAACGAAGCCUCGAGUUGAACUUUCAAUCUCUUCAGAGCUUAAAUCUGUAAGUACUGGUAGGGUGUUGCGGUCUGGAGCUAGACAUCAAAGCCCUGAAACCAAGACCGAUAUUAGCAGCCAAACAACCUCAGAUAGUACAACUGAACAACAAAACCCAGAUGGGGUCUUCCAAGAAGCUGAUGAUAAACCAAGCAUAAUAGAGGGUUCGAACAGUUUGUCAAGGAAAAACACGAAGGCUGAAGCGGAACUUUCAACCUCUUCAGAACCAAAAUCUGUAAGUAUUGGUAGGGUGUUGCGGCCUAGACAUAAAACAAUCUAAAUAUGAUGCUAAAUUGUGUGUUAUAGGUUUUGCCACCAUAGUUUUUUUGAGGCUAGUAACUUUUUUUGGAACUCAGAAACUUGGUGUUUUAGGUAGUAGUUGUUUUAGGGGUAUCUAGCAAGGGAGGAGCAAGGGGAAGUUAUUUGUUGCAUAUGAUCAGUAGUUCAGCAGUUUUUGUUAUCCUCCUGUCUUUUUUGUUAAGCUUACAAAUCGACAGCUCUAAAGGUCAAAUCAGUCMUUUUGCGUUGAUUUAUCGGUCUCUCCUCCCCUUGAUGUCAGUUUCGAUGAUUAAUGUGACAAGAAGUCGAAAAGUUUA